CACAACCUCGCAUAGUGCAAUUCCAUCGAGUGACGAUAACGUUCGUCUCGCCGAACGUCUUGUACUCAAAUUUUAUUAACUUCGUUGCUCCGUGUAUCUUAUACAAAUUUGAUUUCUGGCUGUGUCAUGAAAACGCAACAUUAGACGCAAAAUUCGUCACUUUUGAAGCUGGGACUCUCGACGAUAACGCGAUUUAGAAUCACGUGCUGAUAAGUACCUAAUAUUGGGACACGCAGAGUCACGCGAAGUAUCGACGAGGGAAGUAAUCACAAGAACGGAGAGCAGCGCCGGCGGCGAGCGGGACACACGCGGAGCUCCGUCCGACUCAAAUUUCGCGCCGUGCGUCCAAGUGUGUCACGUGACCGGCAGUGCCGGGUGAUCGCGCGGGCAAACGCGCCGAGGUUAUAAAUAGGAGACGACGGCCCGCGCAGAGUCUCUUUCACUUUCCGCUACGCGCCGCGGCGCGUCGUUUCGCCCACUAUUCCCGAUCAUUACGCGGUGUGCCGUGUGCCUGUGUGGAGCUCGUGCUCUCUCACGAUCCGAUCCGCUCUCCCUCUCGUGCACGCCGUCGCUCGCACGCUCGCUCGCUCGCUCACUCGCUCGUGUCUACUUUCGAACAGACGAAGGGCCACAAGUAAUAACUCCUGUAAGAGACGCAAUUCGCCCGAGUUCAUACUGCACGCCGAGGCGAUAACCUCUGAGUGGAGCGCGCGUAAACGAGCAAGAGAAAACCACGACGACGACGACGACAACGACGAGGAGGAGGAGGAGCAGGCACGUGGAGAGUUCACUCGCGGCCAUUUACAAUAGUGAGACUGAACUGUGCGGCGGUACACCCGAAACGGACCUGAGUGGCGAGCACCUGCUGCGAGACGACACGGCGACAACGGCGGCGACGACCCCGAAACGCAGGAAGAUGCCGGAGACCGCGCACCAUAUGAACGGCUAUGCGAACGGCCACGCGCCGCCCGAGCUUCAGCAGGACACCACGUUCCUGUUCACCUCCGAGUCGGUCGGCGAGGGACACCCAGAUAAAAUGUGUGAUCAAAUAAGCGACGCCAUUUUGGAUGCACAUUUGAAACAAGAUCCCGAUGCUAAAGUAGCAUGCGAAACCGUAACAAAAACUGGGAUGAUACUCUUGUGCGGAGAGAUUACAUCAAAGGCUGUAGUGGAUUAUCAGAAGAUCGUUCGUGAUACAGUGAAACACAUUGGCUACGAUGAUUCCUCAAAAGGAUUCGAUUGGCGUACGUUGAACCUUUUGGUGGCGAUCGAACAACAAUCCCCAAAUAUCGCGGAUGGUGUCCAUACGGACAGGCAAGAAAUGGACGUGGGUGCAGGUGAUCAGGGUUUAAUGUUCGGUUACGCUACCGAUGAAACCGACGAAUGUAUGCCACUGACAGUCGUACUGGCGCACAAAUUGAAUCAAAAAAUUGCCGAGCUAAGACGAAGUGGUGAAUUAUGGUGGGCUCGUCCAGAUUCAAAAACACAGGUAACCUGCGAAUACAUCAUGGAUCAUGGAGCUUGCGUACCUAUAAGAGUUCAUACUGUUGUGGUAUCGCUGCAACAUAGUGAAAAAAUUGGUCUAGACGAAUUGCGUAAAGCUGUUAUGGAGAAGGUCAUCAAAGAAGUAAUACCAGCAAGAUAUCUAGAUGAGAGAACAGUCUUCCACGUGAAUCCUUGUGGACUUUUUAUUAUCGGUGGACCACAGAGUGAUGCUGGUCUUACCGGACGAAAGAUCAUCGUAGAUACGUACGGUGGUUGGGGGGCACAUGGUGGUGGUGCAUUUUCGGGUAAAGAUUUUACCAAGGUGGACAGAUCAGCUGCUUAUGCCGCAAGAUGGGUCGCCAAGUCCUUAGUGAAGGCUAAUCUUUGCAGACGCUGUCUUGUACAGGUCUCCUAUGCAAUUGGAGUGGCGGAACCGUUGUCUAUCACAGUUUUCGAUUAUGGCACAUCCACGCGUUCUCAAAAUGAGCUCUUAGACAUAGUGAAUAAGAACUUCGAUUUGCGACCCGGAAAAAUCGUCAAGGAGCUGAAUCUUCGUAAUCCUAUUUAUCAACAAACCAGUACAUAUGGUCACUUUGGACGAGACGGUUUCACAUGGGAGCAACCAAAAAAGCUGAUUCUCGAUUGAUGAGAGGAUGAAUCUUAAAUUGGUCUUGGCGUUUCUCGAUUUUAGGUAUCCGAUAGAACAUCUGUUUCUCUUUCUCUAAUUCUAUCUUCUUCUCUAUCUCUUCCUCUCAGAGAAGUAACCGUGUUAUUUCUAUAAUAAUGAAAAAUAAAAAAAUUCAUUCGCGAUACUUCGAUCUCCGUGUGCCGCAGCCACCACCGAAGUCACUGAUUUCUUACGCCAAUACUUAGCAUUAGAGAGGACUAGGUAUCGGCAGUUCUCUUUCUAGUUCUUUUCGCCAUGAAAUACCGCAUUAUAUAUGUGACGACAGGCAUAGUACAAAUCUCGUUCAUAAUCCCACAUAGUUGGUAUGAACAGUCGUUUCUUCCUUCACUUUUUUCGGUUUUUCGCGUGGUGGUAUCUUUUAACAAUACGGCACGUAGAUAUAAUGGAUGCAUUAUGCAAAGAAAAGAACAAGCCUAUAUUAUGAAACCCAUUGUAAGUUUCUCCAUGUUCAGGUCUUGAAAGCUUCUCAAAUUGAUGCGCGCGAAUCAGUUAACUGCAAAUCGAUCUUUUUUCGCUGAUACAUGCUGAUGGUCUUUACUUGCAGUAAAGAAAACUUGUGUAGUGGAUCAAAUUUUUAUCUGAAAAAAAUGUAUAAACACAGGCGCGCUAUACGUGUUUUCAGAUUCGGGAAUGUAUAACUGCAGUCUCAUAGAUUUUUAGCUGUAUAAGUAGUCUCUCGCACGUACAUGAAAGUUCGAUACUCCAACUUGGUUAGCUAAUAAGUGAGCUAAUUUUUAAUCGAAAUGUGCAAACUACACGCUGCAGGUUUACUAAAAUUUUAUUUUUACUGAUGACGCUAUCGAUUUACCGAUCGAUCUUUCGUGUACGUAUCUUCAUUAGAAUUAUUAAUCGUUGAGGAAAAAAAAGUGUAAAUUGACAAUGUGUCCAUGGCAUAUGUAUAGCAAAGAAGGAAAUGACAUUUGUGUGUCGUGAACGUGCUCGCGUUCAUGAAUUUCACAAAAAAUAAUUGCAACAUGAUACCGAAUUAGAUGUAUUAUUGACUAGCUGAAUCAUUGUUAAAUAUUUUAAACAUAUUUAAAAAUCAUCAUAUUAAUCCAAUUAAACAGCUUUGUUGUAAAAUUAGAUUUCAUCGUUUUAUAGUAUACAUUCGAAUAUUCGUAACUACGUAAGCAUGUUUAAUCGCUCUCUGAAGUGUACGUCAUUUCCCCCUUUGCUAUUGUUUUAACUAAAUAGAACAAUUGCAGAUAUUACAUAAAUGAAAGCGAAGCCAUUGAAAAUCUAAUCUCGGUAGAGGUCCAGCACAGAUCGUGUGACGGAGCUCGAAACUGUUGUAGAAUUUUUCAAUGUUUUUUGGUACAGAAAAAAAUUGUCCGACAUUGUCGGGAUUCAAUGUGAGAAACAAAUAAAAUUGUAAAAAGAUUUAGUCAUCCUCUGGCAUAAUUGAUGUGUGCGACUUGUGACUUGUAAACCAUAUCGGCAAUAUGUAAUAGUGCACAGGCUCGUAAAAAGACACAUAAAAAAUAAAGCGGAUUUUUUAAUAAAA